AUGCAGGGGGCCCGAGUUCGCUUCGUGCGUCCCCGCGUGCGCACUGAGACCUCCUCGCUGCGGCGGUGGGCCGCCGCCUCGCUCGCCGGGCUCACCGUGCUCCUUUGCCAGUGCAGCGCCAGUGACGCCAACCAGCCCCUGGCGCAGUCCACGCUGCGGGGGGUCCCUCGCGUAGUCGACGGAGACACGCUCGUCAUUUCGCGGCAGCCGCGCCCGGAGGACCCCCCCGCCGUCCGACUGCGGCUGCGCGGCAUCGACGCGCCUGAGUCAGCCCAGACGUGCCUGGACGCCAACGGGCGCGAGUACCCGUGCGGCGAGGUGGCCACGGCGGCGCUGAAGCGGCGCAUCGCGGGCCGCGAGGUCGAGUGCGAGGUGCAGGAGCUCGACCGUUACGGGCGCGGCGUGGCUACGUGCCGGGAUGCCGACGGGGCAGACCUCAACGCGUGGAUGGUCGAGCAGGGCCACGCGGUGGCGUACAGGGAGUACGCGAAGGACUACGUGCCGCAGGAGGAGGCGGCGCGGAAGCGCAGGAGGGGGGUGUGGCAGGGGAGUUUCCAGUACCCCGCGGACUUCCGGCGCGAGAAGCGCGGGCAGCAGCCGCGGACGUCGCCGGCGGUCGCGAACGGCCCGUGCGAGGGCCGCAUCAAGGGCAACGUGAGCGCGAGCGGGAAGCUGUACCACAAGCCCGGCGGGAAGUACUACGACGAGGUCGUGAUCGACGUCUCGAAGGGCGAGCGGUGGUUCUGUUCCCCCGAGGAGGCCGAAGCCGCUGGGUGGCGCGAGGCGAAGGAGUAG